GCGGAGCCCUGUCCUAAGCCUCGCGAGAGCUGCGGUCCUGGAGCGGAAUGGCCGCGGAGCCGGGCAGAGCUGGCCUUUGGCUCCUGCUUCCCGCUCUCUGGCCUGAAACAUGGCCCGGGGUCCUGGCCCGCUAACCCGGCCUCGCCCCGACACAGUCGCCAUGCCCAAGAGAGGAAAGCGACUCAAGUUCCGGGCCCAAGACGCCUGCUCUGGGCGAGUGACUGUGGCGGAUUAUGCCAACUCGGAUCCGGCCGUCGUGAGGUCUGGAAGGGUCAAGAAAGCCGUCGCCAAUGCUGUUCAGCAGGAAGUAAAAUCUCUUUGUGGCUUGGAAGCCUCCCAGGUUCCUGCAGUAGAAGCUUUCUCUGGGGCUGGUGAGCCCUGUGACAUCAUUGACAGCAGUGAUGAGAUUGAUGCCCAGGAGGAAAGCAUCCAUGAGAGAACUGCCUCCAGAAAAAAGAAAAGCAAGAGGCACAAAGAAGAUCUGGAUGGGGCUGGAGGAGAAGAGUAUCCCAUGGAUAUUUGGCUCUUACUGGCCUCCUAUAUCCGUCCUGAGGACAUUGUGAAUUUUUCCCUGAUUUGUAAGAAUGCCUGGACUGUCACUUGCACUGCUGCCUUUUGGACCAGGUUGUACCGAAGGCACUACACGCUGGAUGCCUCUCUGCCUUUGCGCCUGCGACCAGAGUCAAUGGAGAAGCUGCGCUGUCUCCGGGCAUGUGUGAUCCGAUCUCUGUACCAUAUGUAUGAGCCAUUUGCUGCUCGAAUCUCCAAGAAUCCAGCCAUUCCAGAAAGCACUCCUAGCACAUUAAAGAAUUCCAAAUGCUUACUUUUCUGGUGCAGAAAGAUUGUUGGGAACAGACAGGAGCCAAUGUGGGAAUUCAACUUCAAGUUCAAAAAGCAGUCCCCUAGAUUAAAGAGCAAGUGUAUGGGAGGAUUGCAGCCUCCCAUUCAGUACGAAGAUGUUCAUACCAACCCAGACCAGGACUGCUGCCUACUGCAGGUCACCACCCUCAAUUUCAUCUUUAUUCCAAUUGUCAUGGGAAUGAUAUUUACCCUGUUUACUAUCAAUGUGAGCACGGACAUGCGGCAUCAUCGAGUGAGACUGGUGUUCCAAGAUUCUCCUGUCCAUGGAGGUCGGAAACUGCGCAGUGAACAGGGUGUGCAAGUCAUCCUGGACCCAGUGCACAGCAUUCGACUUUUUGACUGGUGGCAUCCUCAGUAUCCAUUCUCCCUGAGAGCAUAGAUACUGCUUCCCGUCACUGAGGGCAGCCCUGAGCUAGGCCAGUCCAUUUGUAAUCAGAUUCCAGUUUGGAAGGGGCAGCUGAUUGUAUAUCUGGUCAGUAAUGCACAUGCUCUUCAGGUUUCUGGGGCUCCUUCUAGGGGAAGGAGAAGGAUUGAAUCAGGAGUAAAAACAUUAUGAUUUAUAAACAUAUUUUAAUGUAAAAUUUUGCAUUUGAAAGGUGAAACCUGGCCCUAUUUUCUGUGUUAAACCCCAUUUGGUGCUACUGAGUUUGUUCUUUAUUCUUUUAUCCCAGCCAGAGUGGAUGAUCUCGCUUUAGGGGAAAAUUAAACUCUUAAAUCUCCAGACAAGGAAAUUUCAGCAUUCCCUUAUGGAUCAGAGUAACCUUAGAGGCUUAAAAUUGUUGCUACUGUUGCUUUCAAUUUAGCUGCCCCUCAAAUUCAAGUGAAUAUUUCCUCUUCUCCCUUUACCCCUCUCUAGAAAUAAAGCAGGUGACAGGGUUUUCAUAAACUUAUGAGGUUGACUUGUGUAUCUUUCUUUAAAAAUAUUUGUCACAUAAAUAUUUUUUUGCCAGUUUUGGAUUUUAGGUAUUUUUUUUUUUUGCAUGAAGCUGAUAGUAAUGAUAAUGAUUUUGUGCUACACUAGGAACUUUUCAUAAUAUCUCUAGUUCUCACAAUCCUGCAAGGUAGGUGAUACUAUUCCCAUUCUCUGGCUGAAAAAGCUGAAUCAGUGACUAACCCAAGGCCAUACUAUCCAAUAAGUGGCAGAGCCAGAAUCCUGACCCAGGUCCUUUUGCUGUGCCACAAUUUAAAAGGUCAGUCUCAUUAUUCUUGUGGUAGAUGGUGGCACAGGGGAGCAGGCAGAGUGUACAUAGAUAGAAAGAGUAAAAGGGUGAGUAAAAAGUUGAUUGUGGUAUACCUUAUCCCUAAUCAGCCUAAAAGUUAUAUAAGAUUGAUGAAAGAAUCUUUUAAAUAUGUGUUUCCAAGUAAAAUGUAAAACAAAUCAAGACAGUUAUUGCAGGAAGGAUAGUGAUAUUUUCAUUGAAUUGUUAGAAGGGCAUUUAUUAUGAAGGUCAUUAAAAAAUUGCAUUCUCAUAUUGAAACCAGACUCCUGCACUAUAAGAAUUUAGUGACUCCUUUGCUCUGCUCUGCCCUGUGCUGCCUAUGAGAGCUUGGCCUUUUAUCCCUGCAGAAAUGCUCAUGUCCUCUUGGUGAGAGGACUUGGUAUAGCUUGUGUACUCUGAGAAGAGGAUCAUGUUUUUGUUUUGUUUCUGCUAACAAGAUAAGUUUGCUGCUUGUCUCCUCCCACCUGCCCCCCACCCAAAUUAGCUAGGGAGCUGGAUAUUAGCUAGAGGUGGCAUUACGACCAUAUUCUUUAAACAUGAAAAUCUCAUGGGGGUAGUUAUUAUCAUGAGCUUGACUGCUAAAUUAGUGUGUUGUUUUUUCCUUACUAUUCCCUACCCCCUGCUAUUUAAAGAAUAUUCUUAGGAAGCACCUGCUUAAUACAGCUGCUAACAGCUAACCUUACCCUGCACUGAGGGUGGUACUAAAGCUGUUCACACAGAAAGUGAGCCUGGGUCAGUGAAAACCAGAAUUUGGGCAGUUAAAUGAUAAAAACAAAAAACCCCUGAACAAUAUGCACCAUCUCUACAAUCAGAAGUUGCCUCUUUGAGGCAAGAGGAGAGAAGCACACAGUCCCUAGUUCCCUGAAUUAAAGAUGCCAUGGAGCAGAAGGGAGUUGUCCUGGUGGAUUUUGUGUCCCCCAUUUAGGAGUUACUUUUAGAAGGGGAGUGAAAUAAAUUUGGCUUAAUAAUUGUGUUCUGACUGAUCUUCCUAGUUUUUGUAUGAAACUCCAUGGUAUGAUCAUAUUGCCUCAGCUGUUCUCUUAGUGUAAUAUUGACAAACACUUGGUAGAGUAUGUUAUCAAAGGUUAUCAUGGCUUCAGCCUUCCCUCUGCACUGACUGAGUUGCCUUUUCUAGGAUGAUUCCUGAUUCAUUAGUGAAAGGAUAUGAAGUGUCUCAGGGAUUUCCCUUUGAUGAGAACCUGAAACUACCUGGAGAAGAGUUGGAACUUUCUGAACUGCUUUUGUAAAAACUGCUUUGUACUUGUCACUUCCUUAAAUAUGUACCUUGAUUUUGCUCUAAGGGUCAGACAAAAUACUUACCUUCAUUUCUUACCCCUCAAAUAAAUCAGAAUUACUCAGA